AUGGUGAUGAGGGCCUUCGUCCUGUUGGCUGUCUUUGCAGAAGCCUCUGCAAGAUCUUGCACUCCAAAUAAAGCAGAUGUCAUUCUUGUGUUUUGUUAUCCGAAAACAAUCAUCACCAAAAUCCCAGAGUGUCCCUAUGGAUGGGAAGUGCACCAGCUGGCACUCGGUGGGCUGUGUUACAAUGGGGUCCACGAAGGAGGUUACUACCAAUUUGUAAUCCCAGAUUUGUCACCUAAAAACAAGUCCUAUUGUGGAACCCAGUCCGAGUACAAGCCCCCCAUCUACCACUUCUACAACCACAUUGUUUCCAAUGACAGCACCGUGAUCGUAAAGAACCAGCCUGUGAACUACUCUUUCUCCUGCACCUACCACUCCACCUACUUGGUGAACCAGGCUGCCUUUGACCAGAGAGUGGCCACUGUUCAUGUGAAGAACGGGAGCAUGGGCACAUUUGAAAGCCAAUUGUCUCUCAACUUCUACACUAAUGCCAAGUUCUCCAUUAAGAAAGAAGCGCCUUUUAUCCUGGAGACAUACGAAAUUGGUUCAGAUCUGUUUGCAGGAGUAGAAGCCAAAGGGUUAAGCAUUAGGUUUAAAGUGGUUUUGAACAGCUGUUGGGCCACACCUUCGGCUGAUUUCAUGUAUCCCUUGCAGUGGCAGCUGAUCAGCAAGGGCUGCCCUACGGAUGAAACAGUCAUCGUGCAUGAGAAUGGGAAAGACCACAGGGCAACCUUCCAAUUCAAUGCUUUCCGGUUCCAGAACAUCCCCAAAUUGUCCAAGGUGUGGUUACACUGUGAGACUUUCAUCUGUGACAGUGAGAAGCUCUCCUGCCCUGUGACUUGUGACAAACGAAAACGCCUCCUCCGGGACCAGACUGGGGGCGUCCUGGUCGUCGAGCUCUCCCUCCGUAGCAGGGGAUCCUCCGGUCUCUAUAGCUUCUCAGAUGUUCUCUAUCACCUCAUCGUGAUGCUGGGGAUUUGUGCUGUGUUAUAA